UGAAGCUUUGGAAAAAUAUGAGAUCUGAUCUCUCUCUUUCUCUCCCAAUUCCAAACACGCACUCAAGUCCAUCGAUCUUCGGUAGAUUGAUGAACUGAAAUCGAAUUUCUUCCAGAGAUGCCGCCACCUGCUAAACCUGCUCGUAGAUUCUCAUUCUUCGGCCUCAAUUCCACCGCCUACUCCGCCCUCAGCGCCGACGCGAAUGUGAAGGCGCCGCAGUUGAAGUUGGAAGCGGACAAGGAAGUCUACAGACCCGGCGAUUUGAUCACCGUCAAUAUCGAGAUUACAAAUGUCAGCAGCUCCUGGUCGCUUUUGAUCGAGAAGCUCUACUUUGAAAUCAAAGGGAUCGAAAAAUUGGAUACGCAGUGGUUCACCACUCCGAAGCCUACUCCUGAUUCUAGGCAGCGCCGAGGUGAGUAUGUAUUCAUGGAUAGCUCAAGCCCAACUAUAGUUUCAAAUCAAAUCAUAUCCAGCGGGGCAACCAGAACUUAUGUGGUACGGACCCUUCUACCAAGCCUUAUACCUCCAUCAUACAGAGGUGCAACAAUACGUUAUUUGUACUACAUUAAGGCUUCAUUGACUGGUCAAUAUCUGGUUUUUGAAAAUGGAACCUCUCGAGUAGAGUCAAGACAAGAAGUUCCUGAACUGGAGGAACGUCUACCCCUUCAAAUAUGGGUUACUCAGAAAUCCAAUGGCAUGGUCGGUGACGAAGGUCACACUGAUGGAAUAGUUCCUGUAAUGCCAGCUCUCUUGGACGUAUACUGGAAAGAACUUGGUGGUGAUGAGUGGGUUAAAGCGGCCGAGUCUUCUGAUGGAGUUGAAGAGGGAUAUGAAAGUUCAAGGGAUGAAGUCUUAUCCGUCUCUUCCUAUAACCCUAUGAAGGAAGAUUUAAGCAGAACUUUUGGAAGUUCAUUAUCACUGCAGUCAUUUUCUGGGAGGUCUUCAAAUCGAGGUUCUCUCUAUGCUGAGGGACGUGCUAGCAUAGCCUCAAAUGCAGGACCUCCUAGGCUGUCUGUAGCUGAGGUCUCAAAUGAUCCAGCUUCUGACAGGUCUCCAACCACUUUAUAUCCCAGUCAACCACCAAGGCAUCUUAAAGCUUUUUCUGCAGAAGAUGACUCAACCGUGCCAUCUGCCUCUGGAACAUCAGAAGGUUUUGUUAGAGGGAGGUCGUAUAAUAUCAGACUGGAUGAUCAAGUACUGCUGAGAUUUUCACCUAAGAACUCUGAGUCAACUUACUACUUCUGUGAUAUGAUCGGUGGAACCCUUACUUUCUUUCACGAGGAAGGGGCUAGAAAAUGCCUUGAGCUCUCAGUAUCCCUGGAGAUGACAGAAACUAUCAGUCGGAAUUAUGUACAUCAUUCUCGAAGGCAUACUCCCACAAUAACCAAGGUUUUUAGCGAUCACCAUGAGGUUGUGGCUGAUUUGGUCCAGACAAGCUUUCUCUUUUCCGUUCCAAUGGACGGGCCCAUGACUUUUACCACCCGCUAUGUCUCUGUGCAAUGGGCUCUGCGAUUUGAAUUUCUUACAAAUCCUAAGAAUGUGGACUUGACAAGGUACGAGCAUCCUCUUAUGAUAGAGGGGAGGGAUAAAUGUGAGUGGAUUCUUCCAAUUACUGUACACGUACCUCCCUCACGAACAGCACCAGCGCAAAACAGAAACGAUAGGACGGUCACUUUGGACCCCUUGUGGGUUCGGACAUGAGGUGGGAUGCUUUUGUUCCGCGCUCAAACAUCGGAAAUAGUUGAGUUUUUUCUUCUGCGCUUGUGUUCUUCAAAAGAUCAUAAAGGACCUCAAAAUAUAAUGUUUGAUCCAAUGUUUCUGCUUUCUCACUCCCUGAGUAAAUGAGUUCUUGAGCUGCCCCCUUUUAGAUAUAUGUAGUAAUUUCACACACCUGAAAACGACAGAAUGUUAUACAUUGUCUCCUUCUGCAACUAUAUUAUUUUAGAUUUUUUUUC